UGCUGACUAGCAGGUGCGUCCGAAGGAAUGUUCCCUGAUUCAAGAGAAUUCAAACCCCACUGUUUGGUUGGAAUUGCCACGGUUUCGGGGCACCGAUAAUUUUAUUUAAUAGUCGACAUCUGCCAAACAUAUUUCUCUCGCAUCUAGCGGUUAUACCUCAUAUCUCACUCGUCUUCUUUACUGAGCCCAUCUAUCCCGUUGCAAUUGAAGUCUCCUUUUCUUAAGAUCUUAUUAAUCAAAUUUUAUACACACAUUCAAACAUAAUAUACCACGCAUACCGUGCUCAAGGCAACAAUGGCCACCAAACCAUUCCAGCAUCUUCUCCAAGAUAAGAAACACGUCAUCCACACUCCUGAAGAAACCUCCAAAAUCAAAGUUGAAAACUGCAUUGGAUUCGUCAAGGUUCCAGUCGGAAUUGCAGGGCCAUUACUGGUCGACGGUCCCAAUGCCACAAAUGAGCAAGUCUACGCAACCCUCGCCACAACCGAGGCCGCUCUAGUCGCCAGCUGUGCCCGAGGUUGCAAGGUCUUCAAUGCCUGUGGCGGUCUGCAAUUCGACAUCCUCGGGGAAGGCAUGUCUCGGGCGCCUGUGUUCAAGUUUCCAACGCCACGACACGCUAUCCACUUUGCCAAAAGCGUCCCCGAGCUGCAGAGCCAAUUCACCACCAUCGCUGAAUCGACCAGCCGGCACCUCCGCCUUCAACACAUUGUUCCGCAUAUCGUAGGGUCCAGCGUACAUCUGUACAUCAGUUACUACUGCGGCGACGCGUCCGGUCAGAACAUGGUUACGAUCGCGACGCAGAAGGCCUGCCAAAUGCUCGUCACUUCGCCACAGGGUUCGGAGUAUGAAAUCAUCGGUUUCCAAAUUGAUGGGAACAUCUCCUCGGACAAAAAGCCGUCGUGGGGUAAUGUCCGGAUGACUAGAGGUGUAGAGGUCAUGGCCUGGGGAACGCUUACGAACUCAGCCUGCGAGAAGAUUCUCGGCACAUCGUCUUACAACCUCUAUACUACCCUGAUAACAGGUAAAGAAGGCGGGAUCCGCAACGGGCAAUUUGGCUGUAAUGCCAACACGUCGAAUAUCGUUGCGGCCAUCUUUAUCGCGACGGGGCAAGAUGCUGCGUGCGUUGCGGAAGCGUGUUGGAGCCAUCUCGUUCCGGAGUAUGACUUUGAUACCAAGGAUUUGAAGGUCUCGUUGUACUUGCCUUCUUUACCUGUUGGUGUGAUUGGUGGUGGGACGGUUUAUGAGACGCAGAAGGAGUGUCUCCAGAUCAUGAAGUGCGCAGGACCAGGCAUGAAGGGGCGCUUUGCAGGAUUGAUUGCAUCUUUUGCGUUGGCGCUAGAUGUCAGCACUUGCAGUGCUGUUUCCAACCACACUUUCUCGCAGAGCCAUCAAAGGUUGGCUCGUACAUCGCAGCAGCGAAAACCGAAAUCCAAGAUAUGAUCUUGAGAUCCUAUAGAUGAAAGAAUUGGGUGGACAGGGGUAGAGAGCUUGUAUCGUCCUGGCUUAGGCGAAUGAUAUGAAUAUGACCCUAUCAA